AUGAAACUAAUCCUCGUAAUGGGCGUUUCAUCAUCCGGCAAAUCAACCAUCGCAUCCCUCCUCUCUGACUCUUUCAACGCCAACCACACCUCCAAACCCUCCACAUUCUCAACCUUCAUGGACGCAGACACAUACCACCCAGCCUCAAACCUCGCCAAAAUGUCCUCCGGAAUACCACUAACAGACACAGACCGCAUCCCAUGGCUUACACAUAUAAACACUGUCGUAAAGCAACAGACAUCAGACAUUGUCGUGCUUGGAUGCAGUGCGUUGAAGCGAGGGUAUAGAGAUAUAUUGAAGGACGGCGUUGAUAAGUUUGUUAUUGUUUAUUUGGAAGGGGGUGAAGAGGUGCUGAGGAGGAGGAUUGAGGGCAGGAAGGGGCAUUUUAUGAAGGCGAAUAUGCUCACGUCACAGCUGGCUACACUGGAAGUGCCGACGAGUGAUGAAGCUAGUCAGUUGAUUACUGUGAAUAUUGAUCAGAGUAUGGAAAGCAUCGUGAAGGAAAUUGAAUCUCAACUGGGGAUAUAA